CUGGAGCUGGCCGCCUGCCGCUCCCGCCCCCCUGCCGCCCCCCACCACGCCAACCCGGCCUUCCGCCGCUUCCAACGCAGCUACUACCGCGUCUACCUGCCGGCACUGGCCGCCGACUGGCUGCAGGGACCCUACCUCUACAAACUCUACCAGCUCUACCGCUUCCUGGAGGGACAGAUCGCCAUCCUCUACGUCUGCGGCUUCGCCUCCAGUGUCCUUUUUGGGUUGGUUUCCUCUUCUUUAGUAGAUCGAUUGGGUCGCAAAAAAUCCUGUGUCCUUUUUUCCUUGACCUACUCGAUUUGUUGUUUGGCCAAACUCUCCCGGGAUUAUCUGGUGCUGGCAGCGGGGAGGGUUUUAGGGGGGUUGUCCACAGCGUUGCUUUUCUCUGCCUUCGAGGCGUGGUACGUCCACGAGCAUGUGGAACGGUAUGAUUUUCCGACCGAGUGGAUUGCCAUCACCUUCUCCCGGGCAGCUUUUUGGAACAACGUCAUCGCCGUGGGAGCUGGAGGGGCAGCCGAUUUCUUUGCCGAGUGGUUGGGGUUGGGCCCGGUGGCUCCCUUCAUGGUCUCCAUCCCCCUCCUGGUGCUGUCUGGGGUCUUUGCCGUGAAAAAUUGGGAUGAAAACUACGGGAAGAAACGAGCUUUCUCCAAAACCUGUGGCAAUGGUUUGAAGUGCCUCCUCUCCGACCGGCGCGUCCUUCUCCUGGGCACCAUCCAGGCUCUGUUUGAAAGCGUAAUCUACAUCUUCAUCUUCCUCUGGACCCCCGUGCUGGAUCCCCACGGCGCGCCCUUGGGCAUCGUCUUCUCCGGCUUCAUGGCCGCCAGCAUGCUGGGCUCGUCACUCUACCGCCUGGCCAUCUCCAAGAGGUACCAUCUCCAGCCCAUCCACCUCCUCUCCCUCGCCGUCCUCCUGGUUUUCUUCUCCCUCUUCAUGCUCACCUUCUCUACCAACCCCGGCCAGGAGAGCCCCACCGAGUCCUUCCUCGCCUUCCUCCUCAUCGAACUGUCCUGCGGGCUC